CUAUGCUGCAAUCGUGACACAAAAUGGAUGAACUUGAAGCGGUGAAAGCAAAGCAACAUUCUUUGCGUGAACGUCUUGCAGCGCGUCGUCAAGAGCGGCAAAAUCUUUUGGCUAAAGUUGGAUCUAGCACUCGCCCACAACUCCCUUCAACUACUAGCCUACUUCCUACCGCCGCUACAUCAGGCUUGUUACAACCUGCAGCAAGGUUUCUACUGCAUCGCGUACCGAAACCGGCACCUGACACACAAAAUGUAGCUCAAGCUACUCCAGAAAAAGAAGUGAAGGUUCCACAAGAAGUGAUCUCUGUGGUACCGACCGCUAGCCUAGCUGCGCUGACAUCGGACACAGUGCAUUCCUAUAAAGACUCCUCAAAGACACCAACCGGUAUUUCAACUUCCACGGUCUCUGAAAUCACACCAAGUUCCAGUUCUGCCACUCCGCCAGCGACCCACAACUUAAGUAAAACGUUAUCCGCCUCAAUUUUACAAGAAUGUGAGCAACUUCAGUCUUCCGAGGCCCAGAAACGUCCACAUGGCACUGAGUCACCAUCGGAAGCAUCGCAACCAGCACGAAAAUCCCUCAAAGGUGGUACAACCGAGGUGAAAGAGGAUAACCGAACGAUUUCGACCACUUCAACACAACCGGCUCCCACUCCGAGGUCCGGGCGAGUAACCACAUUGGACAACGAAUUGGAAGAUCUUUUGGCAGCACAGACCGCACGGGAGAAAGAGAACAAACGUGUGCGGGAAGAAAUUCUCGAGCUUUUAAAUACUCCUACCGCAAAAGAGCGCUAUCUCAGUGAACGUUUUCGGUCCCAGGGUGGUAGUCAAGUGCAACAGUUCUGUGCCCAAGGAACACGUAUCGAGUGCAACAAGUAUAAAACACGAACUGGUGAUCAGGAGCCAUGCACGAAGUUGCAUUUUCGCAAAAUUAUACAUCAACACACUGAUGAAUCCCUCGGUGACUGUUCUUUCUUGAAUACCUGUUUCCACGUGGAUACGUGUAAAUACGUUCACUACACCAUUGACUAUUCAGAACCUCCGUCAGCCAUCACCGGUGAUCCACAUGGUUCCACUGCAGCCUGCGGUGUCGUGACUGCCGCCAGCGGCCAACUCAGAGGCCAGACGGCUUCGACCACGACAAUGCUUGAUGAUGACAACUCCGCCAUGUCCAAAAAUCAACCACCCACAUUACUAUAUCCCCCUCAGGCAAACGUCGCCUCCAGCUCACUCUUGUUGUUUGUGCACUAUCCCCCCCGUUCUCAUGUUUCAAAGUGGAUCAAUUGUGAUAUUCGGCAGCUGAACAUGUCCAUCCUGGGCAAAUUUGCUGUGAUCAUGGCCGAUCCGCCAUGGGACAUCCAUAUGGAACUGCCGUACGGAACAAUGUCCGACGAUGAAAUGAGACGCUUAGAUAUCCCCUGCUUACAAGACGAUGGAUAUAUUUUUCUCUGGGUCACUGGAAGGGCCAUGGAACUGGGUCGAGAUUGUCUUCGUCUCUGGGGCUAUCAACGUGUAGACGAAAUUAUUUGGGUCAAAACCAACCAACUACAGCGCUUGAUCCGCACUGGUCGAACAGGACACUGGUUGAAUCACGGCAAAGAGCAUUGCCUGGUCGGUGUCAAGGGCAAGCCGCAGGGUGUCAACCGUGGUCUGGACUGCGACGUCAUUGUGUCAGAGGUGCGCGAAACAAGUCACAAACCAGAUGAGAUCUACGGUAUAAUCGAGCGUCUAUCUCCAGGCACGAGAAAACUGGAACUCUUUGGUAGACCACAUAAUCUACAGCCAAACUGGAUCACGCUGGGUAACCAGUUGGAUGGGACCUUUCUCGUGGAUCCGGGAGUCGUGGAGCGGUUCAAGAAGCACUAUCCCAACGGUCUCGAGUCCAGGACAAAAUCAUAGUCGACCUGUAGCAGUAAUUAUCCGAACCAAGUCAAAGAUGUGUGUACAUAAGUUACUGUAUAAAUAAAGUACUCAUAAAUAUGCAAGACGGCUGUUUUCUCACACAUUGGGUGGAGAUUGUGUGGAAUAGCUUUACAGCUGGUCGCAAUCAGGUUUGAGCCCCAAGUCCCAUUGGAUCCAGGGUGUCUGAAGAAGGGAUUUGGUGGUAGAUCUGUUCUUUGCGUUGUACUGUGUGCAUGUGUUGUAAACUUGUGGCAUGGCUUUGCUUGGAGGUGGGCUAGUGAGACUGGUCUGUAAUUUAAACACAGGCGGGCGAAAAAAGGGAAACGGAUUCAGACACGGGAAACACUGAGCCGAAAGAAUGUAGUGAAAAUCCCCGCGACUUUUCCUCAGCUGAGGGAAACAGGCAAGAAUUGUUGAAAAUUUAUUUAAAAAAAGAACUAAGCAUUAAAUUUGGAAUCAUGGACAACGUAGCUGGCGGUUUUGGGGGAAGUAUUCCACUGGUGGUAGUAACCCAUUUUAUCAGACCCGUGACGGAAUAGUUUCGUAUAGCAGUGGGUCUUAUAGAGCUGUGCUACUAAUGAUCUCGAUUAAGGUAUACUAAAGCUGAACCGCGUUAGAUAGUAAGUUGAAUUAAAAC